AGUGGCAGAAACUGUGGAAAACAGGUGUGAUAAGUGUGGAGUAAUGAUUGAAGCUUGGUGAGCUUUUUGACUCCACCUUCAACCGAUUGGAUUUUUGUUUUGUUCAAAGCCUACUCGACUUGAGGCAGCAACGUUUUCCUUAAAAUAACUAAUAUGGUCAGCCACCGUGUCAGAUAAGUCGAAGGAAGGCCAGGAAACCCACUAACCUUAACGCUAUGCCACACCUUUCAUUCAAAUUCGAUAACUACGAUAUUUAGGGUGCAAAGAGUAAGACUUAACUGCUUAUCCAACGGCAACAUGGCGGAUAGGAUUGCGCACAGUGUGGCGGUGGUGUAGCUGAAGAAAGAGCAAAUCCCAGAAGACAAGAAGAAAGAAACUGUGAAUAAAGAGUUUCGUCCAUAGACUGUAUAUAUAAGGAGCCGUGAAAUCUGGUAAUAACUAACAACGUCAUUGACAAGUUUCUCUUGUCUAGCCCACGGCGCUGGCUAGCCCGAGUCAUUGAGUUGGCUAGCUUCUUAGCUAACAUUAGCCCCCAUACGACGCGUAGACCGGUCUCCAGUCUUCUCUGCAGUGCCGACCAUGACUCCUCAGCAGCAGCAGCCCUCCACCAUGUCCCAGAAAGUGCAGUUCACUCUCAAGCUCUUCAUGCUGGAAACUGCCCGAAGUAAACUCGAACAAGAACUUUCCAACUUCAUCAAAAAGGCCUAUGAAGAAGUUCAAGGUUUCUUGAAUACAUCUUUUCCCACUAGUGUCUUCAGUGAUCUCACAAAGGCUUUAGAUACAAAAUAUGAAGUAAUUGACAAACUUUCAGCUUCAUUAAAAUCUCUCACAGUUGAGCCACAAGUGUGUGGCCAGCUUAUCACCAAGCCUGCAGCAGUCCAACAGGAUGACAUCAAACACGGCAUCAACAGAGCGACUACGACCCCAUCGUCUCACUUAGAGGAAGAAAAAGAACGUGCUGUUGUUUUAGAUGAGAAACGCCCAACAGAUGCUGUGAGUCUUCCACCUGCGUCCCAGAGACCCGAGAUCAACCCAGAGAGGCCACCAAUACUACUGCCUCCCCUACAAGCUUCAUUCCCAGGGAUCAGUAACACUAAUCCAAUGAAAAUAACUCCGCUAAUGAGCUGGGGAUGUAAAGAUGAUUUCCAGGUGAAACACCAAAAACAAACAUCAUCUCAGCUGCUUCACUUCCUCAGAGAAAAAGCUAAAAACGUUGGAGUACUGGAGAUCACUGUCAUGGAUUGGAGUAAAAGUACCUUGAGUUCGCCAGAGCGGCCUGCCAUCAAAACACAAAGCAACCAAUUCAGACAAGUUGUGACUGAUGAUCUGACCAACCCACUAGAGCCGAAAACGGUAUUUGCAGACAUGGAAAACCAAGCCCCAGUCUUCAGAGUGAAAGGAGUGGAAGCAGAUGGCUCUCUGACCUACACUUGUGUGAUUGCAACAAAGACUGAAUUGUGGGAUGUUGUAGACAUCUUCACCGAGGUGGGACGGGGAGACUUGAAAGCCAUCCCCUUCGAAAAUAAAGACUGCCCAAAUAUUACACCUCAGGUGGAGCACAACUGCCUAAACGCCCAGGGGGAAAACCAAAGUCUUCAGAGCACUGAUCCCAAACAUGUCAGCCAUUUUGAUGGUGUACAAACUCUAGCAAUGAAGUGCAUCACCAUUCCUGAGUUCCAGACCUGCAGGUUUGAAGAGAUGAAGGUAGUGGUGUCUCACAUUGUCAGCCCGGGCAACUUCUACGUACAACACGCAGACUCCAUCAUAAAGUGGCAAACCCUUGUCCCAGACAGCUGGAAAGCCAGUAGAUCAUAUGCCGCGCAGAACUGCAUUCCAGACAUUGGAACCCAAGUAAUAGGUUGGUUCCCUAAGCAAGAACAAUGGUGCAGGACUCGGGUGACGAAGAUAUGUGGAGUAAGUGAAGAUGGUGGAGGGAGAGGGACAUCCAUCAAGGUGGAGGUGAAGAGGCUGGACCAGGGUGAUACAGCCUGCCUGUCGCUGUCGGACAUCAAGGAGCUGACCCCGGAAAUGGCCGUCCUACCACUCCAGGCUGUACAGGUCUCACUAGCAAAUGUGACGCCUGUGAAUGGGAGUGAUUGGUCUGAGGAGGCGGUGGUCUGGUUCAGGGAUAUGGUGGAAAACAGGACGCUCUAUGCCAGGCUUUACCCACAGGGACCCAAAGUUACAGUCGAGCUAUUCUUGGAAAAAGGAAGGCUCAGAGCUAUGAGGAGGGGUGCAUCACUGUCUUUGAGACUGGCCCAGAACGGACAUGCCAUCCAUAGCAAACUGAAAAAUGUCUGUCUCAUGAAAAUAAGCCAAGAUAAAGUGAAGAAACAGGACUCUUGAGUGGAAGAAAUAUGUAAUCUCGCGCUAAACUCGUAAUAGUAAGCCUUGAUACAGAAAGCAGUCAACAAAUGUCAAAUACCAAUGCAGACAGGCCAUAAAGCACUCAAAGCUAAACACCGAGACAUUUAGUAAAUCAUCAGUUUGUCAAAUCAUUGACAAACUGCUGUGGCAGUACAAGGAUAUUUCAUUAAACAAAUAAAGUAAAUAUAUAUUUUGAUUUAAAACCGGUAUGUGUUUACAUUAAGUAGAAUGUAUCAGCUUUUGUAUCUUUUUAUGUUGUUUCUGGAAUUGAAACAUUUUCAAUAUUUUGAUUACCUAUUUGACAUAUUUAUCAGUUGUUGAGAGCAAAGUCACAUCCAUUUAGAGAGCAAAGGAGGAGAAUCACAGAGAAAUGGUUUCAAACAGAACCCAUGAUCGGACCCACAAAUCUUGAUUGGAACCCCCUUAGUCAAAGGUACGUCUAGUGAAAGCUAAUGUUACUUAUAACAUCAUGGGGUCUUAAGAAAUGUAUUUAUUUUUUAACACACAUUUCUCUUUUUAGAGACGCACAAAAGAUAACGUCUUUGAAGCACUGAUAAAAACUAAUUGAAACACAUUCUUUAAAUCAGGUUGUGCUUGUAAACUGUAUGGGGACAUGGAUACCUAAAUGUGGUGCUCUUUGUUUUAUAAGAACAAUCCCCCCAUGUACUUUAAAAGCAGCCUAUCUCAAGUCCUUAUCCCAGUCACUACACGUGCCAGUUCAGUUUGUUAACCUGUUGUGCAUUAAGUGAUACUUGAUUUGUCUCUGCCACAUGCAGAAGGUUUUGUUAUUUAAUGCCUAAUUGCUUUUGUAAUAACUGUGGUUGAAGCCAUGUUACCCUGGUUAAUAUUGAGUUCUUGUAUAAUGGCACAUUUACUAUUUUGAAUUUCCAGUGUAUAUAGUUCUGUUUUCAUAAUAAAAUUACAAAUCUA